UAGUUGCUUGAGAGGGGGAGAGGAGGCGCAGGCAAACAUCGUUUCCAUUACCGCCCCGCCGCAAAAAAUUAUUUAAGUAAAGAACUAAUUUAUGAAUCAAGCUUUAUUUUGUUUCGUGAAACGUGUCGGAAUGGCUCAUUCCUAAACUUGCCGUGAUUGUGAUUUUUCGGAGUCCGCAUCGGUGGUUAUUAUCAGCUACUAGUCAUCACCCGUUUCUGGAUUUCGAGAUAGUCAACGGCGCAGAGAUAGGACAUCUCUUUUUAAACCCAAAGCGGCAGAGGAGCCGACGGUACCCCCCCCCCCCUCUCUAGCUUCUCGGGCGAAAAGCCUCUCCUUUUUUUUCAGUCAGAGCCUCGGACUUUUAGAGCUCUAUGCCAGCAAUUAUGACAAUGUUAGCAGACCAUGCAGCACAGCAGCUGCUGGACUUCAACCAGAAACUGGAUAUUAACCUGCUGGAUAAUGUAGUGAACUGUCUAUAUCAUGGGGUGGGACCACAGCAAAGAAUGGCACAAGAAGUGCUGACACACUUGAAAGAGCACCCGGAUGCCUGGACCAGAGUGGACACCAUACUGGAGUUUUCCCAGAAUAUGAACACAAAGUACUAUGCUCUUCAGAUUCUGGAAACGGUUAUCAAAACAAGAUGGAAGAUUCUGCCCAGGAAUCAGUGUGAAGGAAUUAAAAAGUAUGUUGUUGGACUUAUUAUCAAGACUUCAUCAGAUGCAUCAAAUGUUGAGAAAGAAAAGGUGUACAUUGGAAAAUUGAACAUGAUUCUUGUUCAGAUCCUGAAGCAGGAGUGGCCCAAGCACUGGCCAACCUUUAUCAGUGACAUUGUAGGGGCGAGCCGCACCAGUGAAAGCCUUUGUCAGAACAACAUGAUCAUCCUCAAGUUGCUCAGUGAAGAGGUCUUUGACUUCUCCAGUGGUCAGAUGACCCAGGUCAAGGCCAAACAUCUCAAAGACAGCAUGUGCAAUGAAUUCUCCCAGAUAUUUCAGCUUUGCCAGUUUGUUAUGGAGAAUUCCCAGAAUGCCCCCUUGGUACAUGCUACACUAGAGACUCUUCUACGGUUUCUUAACUGGAUUCCUCUGGGGUACAUUUUUGAAACAAAACUCAUCAGCACAUUGGUAUAUAAGUUCUUGAACGUCCCCAUGUUCCGCAAUGUGACACUGAAGUGCCUGACAGAAAUUGCCGGUGUGAGUGUUAGCCAAUAUGAGGAACAGUUUGUCACCCUCUUCACUCUGACCAUGUGUCAGCUCAAACAGAUGCUUCCUCUUAACACCAACAUUCGGCUGGCCUAUGCCAACGGGAAGGAUGACGAGCAGAACUUCAUCCAGAACCUCAGUCUCUUCCUUUGCACCUUCCUCAAGGAGCAUGGUCAGCUCAUUGAGAAGCGGCUCAACCUCAGAGAAACAUUAAUGGAGGCACUCCACUACAUGCUUCUGGUGUCAGAGGUGGAGGAGACGGAGAUCUUCAAAAUUUGCUUGGAGUACUGGAACCAUCUGGCAGCCGAGCUCUACAGGGAGAGCCCCUUCUCCACCUCCACUUCCCCUCUGCUCUCCGGCAACCAGCACUUUGACGUGCCACCUCGCAGACAGCUAUACCUUCCUGUGCUCUCUAAGGUGCGUCUACUGAUGGUGAGUCGGAUGGCAAAGCCAGAGGAAGUGUUAGUGGUAGAGAAUGACCAGGGGGAGGUAGUCAGAGAGUUCAUGAAGGACACAGAUUCCAUCAACCUCUACAAGAACAUGAGGGAAACCCUGGUUUACUUGACACAUUUGGACUAUGCGGACACGGAGCGCAUCAUGACAGAGAAGCUCCACAACCAGGUGAACGGAACUGAAUGGUCCUGGAAGAACCUCAAUACAUUGUGCUGGGCUAUCGGCUCCAUCAGUGGGGCCAUGCACGAAGAGGAUGAAAAGAGGUUCCUGGUCACAGUCAUUAAGGAUCUGCUGGGUCUCUGCGAGCAGAAAAGAGGAAAAGACAACAAGGCCAUCAUCGCCUCCAACAUCAUGUACAUCGUAGGCCAGUAUCCACGGUUUCUCAGAGCCCACUGGAAGUUCCUCAAGACCGUGGUUAACAAGCUCUUUGAGUUCAUGCAUGAGACCCACGAUGGUGUACAGGACAUGGCAUGUGACACCUUCAUUAAGAUAGCCCAGAAGUGUCGGCGCCACUUUGUCCAGGUUCAGGUGGGCGAGGUGAUGCCGUUCAUCGAUGAGAUACUCAACAACAUCAACACCAUCAUCUGUGACCUUCAGCCACAGCAGGUACACACGUUCUAUGAGGCAGUGGGCUAUAUGAUAGGGGCUCAGACAGACCAGGCUGUUCAAGAGCACCUAAUUGAGAAAUACAUGCUACUACCCAAUCAGGUGUGGGACAGCAUUAUCCAGCAGGCCACUAAGAAUGUGGACAUCUUGAAGGAUCCAGAGACGGUGAAACAGCUGGGCAGCAUCCUGAAGACCAAUGUCAGGGCCUGUAAGGCUGUCGGGCACCCAUUUGUCAUCCAGCUAGGACGGAUCUACCUGGACAUGCUCAACGUCUACAAGUGCCUCAGUGAAAAUAUCUCUGCUGCCAUCCAGACAAAUGGUGAGAUGGUCACCAAACAGCCCUUGAUCCGGAGUAUGAGGACUGUGAAACGAGAGACGCUGAAGCUGAUCUCAGGCUGGGUUAGCCGAUCAAACGACCCACAGAUGGUGGGGGAGAACUUUGUACCACCACUGCUGGAUGCCGUCCUCAUUGACUACCAGCGCAAUGUUCCCGCUGCGCGUGAGCCUGAGGUCCUCAGCACCAUGGCGACCAUUGUCAACAAGCUGGGAGGACACAUAACCACUGAAAUCCCCCAGAUCUUCGAUGCUGUCUUCGAGUGCACCCUCAACAUGAUCAACAAGAACUUUGAGGAGUAUCCAGAACACAGAACCCAUUUCUUCUACCUACUUCAAGCGGUUAACUCCCACUGCUUCCCUGCAUUCCUCGCUAUCCCACCUGCCCAGUUCAAACUUGUGUUGGACUCCAUUAUCUGGGCCUUCAAACACACUAUGAGGAAUGUGGCUGACACUGGUCUUCAGAUUCUCUACACGCUACUUCAGAAUGUGGCCCAGGAAGAAGCAGCAGCACAAAGUUUCUACCAGACAUAUUUCUGUGACAUCUUACAACACAUCUUCUCAGUGGUCACAGAUACUUCACACACUGCUGGCCUGACAAUGCAUGCAUCCAUUCUGGCCUACAUGUUCAACCUGGUGGAGGAAGGAAAGAUUACAACAGGCCUCAGCCCGGCCAGUCCCACCAGUAAUCAAGUCUUCAUCCAAGAGUAUGUGGCCAACUUGCUCAAGACGGCUUUCCCUCAUCUGCAGGAUGCCCAGGUUAAGGUGUUUGUGACUGGGCUGUUCAGCUUAAACCAGGAUAUUCCUGCCUUCAAGGAACACCUUAGGGACUUCCUAGUUCAAAUCAAGGAGUUUGCAGGGGAGGACACCACAGACCUAUUCCUAGAGGAGCGGGAGGCAUCUCUCCGUCAGGCCCAGGAGGAGAAACACAAGAUCCAGAUGUCGGUGCCAGGGAUCCUCAACCCCCACGAAAUCCCUGAGGAGAUGUGUGACUGAGCGCCGGUUCAGCCAAACCGUAUAGUCCUCCAAACACACAAAUCCACCCCUAACCACAGCAAACACAACAUAACCCAAGAGAAAGGCGCUUGAGCAGUGGGAGGCCCCUCCACCCCAUCUGUAGUGGCAGAGCGGGCAGUCCCACUGGAUGUACGUUGACCAAAACAAUGCCAACCAUGAUAACCGCGUCACCCUGUGGCCCUUUUUACAUGAUAUACAUUUUCUAUCGAGACUUUUUUGUGUAAUACCUUUCCAGAACUGUUAGUCAGAGCUUACAUUUUGUUUGGUCAAAGGCCCAUCCCAAGAGAUGCAUGAUGAGGUGGUCACGAUUAGGACGAGUUCUCUUUUUUUUUUUUUUUUUUCCCUUCCUCACCUCCUCCCUUGUUUUGAUUUCCCCACCCUUCCUUAAUUCCUCACAUAUUUGUUUAUAUAUGUAUUAUAUAUACAGUCUGAACAGAGUGUUGGUGAACUGCGUGCGUGUUGAGUCGUUAGCGUGGCGCCUUCUUCAUUGUGGGAGAAGGUGAAUCAAACAGAUUUUGAAUGAAGGUCUGAGAGAUGCUGCUUCAUGCGUCAGGAUCAGCGUCCGCCGCUCGAGUUGCGCUUGACUAAAAAAAAAGUGUUUGGCCACUGCCAGGCAGGAGGUUUUCUUAUUAUUAGGGAAAGCAAAACAGAUUAUGUGCAUAUCAUCCCAAUUGUAUAGCAUCUUUAAUACCAUGGGAACAUAAUUGGUUUUUUUUUUUCUUUAAUUCUAUUAUUUUCAUUUAUUGUGGGUGUGCGUGUGUGUGCUGUCGCUUGGCCGACAUCAGCGUUUCGUUUUCCUCUAAGAGGAUUGUUGCUCAUUUGUGAGCCUUCAUUAAUGGGAUGUUUCAAGGAAGAGGCGGAGAUAUUUAUGGGUUCUUAUAGUUGGUUGCAUCUUUUUAAAAAACCCCUGUUUAACUUGGACGGCUUUCGAGAUUUUGAACUGUACUAAUUUACAUUGUUUACCAUGCUGUAGUGACUCAAGACACUACCUUUUAGAGCAAAGCAAAAUAAAACCGGGUUUACAUUUAAUUUUGUAUUUUUGCAUUUUUCAUUUGUUUCUGUUUUAGAUUAUCCAAAUAAUCAAAUUGCUUUUUUCCAUAAAAUGAAUAUAUUGCCAGUGAGUUUUAAUUAGGCAAAGAAUGUAUAAAUCCAAAUAAGUACCCAAUCUAAUGGCAAAUUUCCCUUCUCAAAGUGUUACAUUUGUUGUGAACUUUUUGAACUGAUUAAAGUUGAGAAUUUUAUA